AUGGCUCGCCCCGUGAAACCGACCCGCUGUUGUCGUAAGGUGGUCGACCGAGUUGUCCGCCUGGACAACGGCCGCUACCGGGAGGAACAAAUGAGAAGCGCAGGAUCGUUGGAGAUCCAACGGGGCCCUGGUCUCGUUUCAGUGGACCCAGACACUAAGGUAAAGGUAUCUUCUGCUGGUGCUACUGCUGCUACGGAGUGA